AUGCGUUUCGCCGCUGCUACCAUCGCUCUCCUGCUGGCUGUUGCCUCAGCCACUCCUGUUCCUGACGUGAACGAGGCAAAUCUCGACAGGGAGCCUGAAAGCAGGACCAUCGUUGACCUCGGCUUCCUCCAGGCUCACGAGACUCGCGAUGUCAACAUCGCUGACGGUAAAAAAGCCUUGAGAUUCCAGCGCUUAUACAAAGCUGACAUCGAAAAGUUGUCGUAUCCAGAGCUUCUGAUGAUGUUGAAAUUUCGCUCGAGCGUCGUGGUAUUCUGGCCUCACGACCACCAGAGUGGCAUCUUCAAGGCUGGUAACGGCUACUACAAGAGAAUCGUCACCGGCCUCGUCAUUAAUGGAGUCAACGUCGCUGUGACCGCUUGGUUCAACGACAUCCAUACACUGUUCUUGCAGUUCGAUGCCGCCUUCCCCAACGCCCCUAACUUCAUCUUCGCCGGAUUUGAGGAUGUCUCUACCGGGGUGGAGCGCUCCCCCUGGAGGAUUAGCUGGGAUGAGAUCUACAGCCUGGCCAUCAAGCCCGGUGAAAGAUUCCAGUUUGACAACUCCUUCGUCAUGUGGUGGAAAUAA